UGAAUUCCUCUCUCAAAACCCGCAUCCAUGGGGCCGAAGACGAAGAAUUCCGAGUGGCAGACACGGAGCUGAUUGCGAGCGACAAUGUCUCGGGGCGGGCGCGCAAUAAACGUACUGAGUGUUGCGGAGAAGCCGUCGGUAGCGAAGUCGGUUGCCGGCAUCCUUUCCGGCAAUCGGGGCCUCCGGACGCGAGAGGGGCGGUCGCGGUACAACAAGAUCUUCGAGUUCAGUUACUCCAUCCAGGGCCAGCUCUGUAACAUGUUCAUGACCUCCGUCACCGGCCAUCUCAUGGAGCUCGAAUUCCAUGAGCGUUUCCGCAAAUGGCAUUCAUGCGACCCCGCCGACCUCUACCAUGCUCCCGUUCUCAAAUCCGUCCCUGAGGACAAGAAGGACAUUAAGAGGACUUUAGAGGAGGAAGCUAGGAGAUGUGAUUGGCUUGUUCUGUGGCUUGAUUGCGAUAGGGAAGGAGAGAACAUAGCUUUCGAGGUUAUAGAAGUUUGCAGAGGGGUGAACCGUAAUCUUACUGUGCGAAGGGCUCAUUUCUCUGCACUAAUUGCCAGGGAAAUCCAUGAAGCAGCCCAGAAUCUUAAAGAUCCUAAUCAAUGGUUUGCUGAUGCAGUAGAUGCUAGGCAAGAGAUAGAUCUCCGGAUUGGUGCUUCUUUCACUAGGUUUCAAACUAUGCUGUUAAGAGACAAGUUUGUUAUUGAUUCUGCUCCAGAUGAAAGAAAUCUUGUUCUAAGUUAUGGUCCUUGCCAGUUCCCAACACUUGGCUUUGUUGUGGAGCGAUACUGGGAGAUACAAUCACAUGAGCCAGAAGAGUUUUGGACAAUUAACUGUUCUCACCAAUCAGAUGAAGGCCUUGCUACUUUUAAUUGGAUGCGAGGACAUCUAUUUGAUCAUACUUGUGCUGUUAUAAUAUAUGAGAUGUGUGUUCAGGAGCCAACUGCAACAGUUACAAAUGUUCCACAGCCCAAGGAAAGGUUCAAGUAUCCUCCCUAUCCUUUAAGUACCAUUGAACUUGAGAAACGUGCUUCAAGAUACUUUCGGAUGAGUUCUGAACAGACCAUGAAGGUGUGUNNNGAUCUGUAUCAAGCUGGUUUCAUCAGUUAUCCACGUACAGAGACUGACUGCUUUUCUAGUAGGACUGAUUUGCGUGCCAUGGUGGAGGACCAAACAGCUCAUCCUGUGUGGGGACCAUAUGCACAACGUUUGUUGGACCCGGGGGAAGAACUUUGGAGAAAUCCUGGAAGUGGUGGUCAUGAUGACAAGGCCCAUCCACCCAUUCACCCAACAAAAUUCUCUAGCGGCGAAUCUCGAUGGAGUAGGGAACACCAUAAUGUGUAUGAGCUGGUUGUUCGCCAUUUCCUAGCAUGUGUUUCUCAGCCAGCAGUUGGGGCUGAAACGACUGUUGAAAUUAAUAUUGCUGGUGAAUGGUUUUCUGCGUCUGGGAGAGUGAUAUUAGCUAAAAAUUACCUAGAUGUCUAUCGCUUUGAAUCAUGGGGAGGUUCAAUGAUCCCAAAGUAUGAAAGAGGACAACAGUUCAUUCCGACAACAUUGACACUUGAUUCAGGAGUCACAAAGCCUCCACCACUUUUGAGUGAAGCUGAUUUGCUUAGCUGUAUGGACAAGGCGGGCAUUGGUACAGAUGCAACAAUGCAUGACCAUAUAAAAAAGCUGCUGGAUCGGUUUUAUGCAACAAAAGACUUAAACACUCGUUUCUCCCCAACUAGCCUUGGAGAGGCACUAGUUAUGGGAUAUGAUGACAUGGGGUACGACCUGUGGAAACCAAAUCUCAGAUCAAUGAUGGAGUAUGACAUGAGAGAAGUUAGUGUAGGACAUAAGACAAAAGUUGAAGUUCUGGAGACUUGCUUGCAACAGAUGAAAGAAUGCUUCUUAGAU